AAUGCUUAUAGUUGGAGGUGGACGAUUUGAUGCAAGCUCCAGUUAUAAGCUACUUUGUCCAGACUCUACUGUUUGUCUUCAUUACCAGUUGAGAGCUGUUCUGCAGCUCAAGAACCCGUGAGAUCUGCCCCAUCUCCUGAGAACAUUUUAAGACUAGCUUGACAUCCUUCGUAUGUUUGCAAUUGCCAAGAGCCAGAUAUUGCCCGUAAUGAUGCAGCUAUAAAUGUGUCUAGAUUUCACAGCUCCUCUUCUCUGUUCUUCUGGGGUUUCCGAGAGCCACUUGUCAUCCAUGGGGUGGAGAGGGAGUUCUAAACGAGUGAUGGCGUUAAAGGUGGCUCUUUUAUGCUGUCUUUCGUUUUGUGUCUUCUCUCUUUUCAAUUUCGCAGAAGGACACAGCGGAGUUAAUUCUGCUCCUUCAGAGGCCUCAAGCUGGAGAAGACAUUCCAAUUAUAAGCGACUCUAUGAGAUCGCGACGGCAUCACAGCGAGGCUGUGACUUUGCCACUUCUUUACACAGCUACACCACCACCUCUGACACGUUGCUCCUGGAGGUUUUGAGCUUACGGUGCAGAGGUUUGCGAGUUGCGACGGUUGCGGACUGUCAUCUACAGAUCUACUCAUCUUUUUCAUUCAAGUAUAAUUAUUUUAAUUGAUUUAAAUUAUAGUUUUAUUUAGUUUAUUUAAAUUAUAGUUUUACAAUUAUUGUAAUAAAAACAUUUGGUGAAAUGAUAAUAUUUGAAAAUAUAUUUGAUUUUUUGUUUGAUUCUAAAACAUUAAAAUUAUUAGAUAAUAAUGAGUUGAGAAAAUAUUGUAUUAACAUCCACUUUUAAGCAUGAAAAUUUAUUAGAUGUUGAGUUAGAUGAUUUGUUUACGGAAUUAAAAAUAUUACAAGUAACUUUACCAAAUGAGAUAAUGUCAGCAAUUGAUAUUUUUAAUUUUAUGAAAAAUAUAGAUUGUUAUCCAAAUGUUGCAAUUGCUUAGAAAAUAUUGUUAACUAUGUCUGUUACCGUAAGAUCAACUGAAAGGAGUUUCUCGAAAUUAAAAUUGUUAAGAAUAUACAUGAGAUCAAUAAUAUGACAAAGAGAUUGCAUGGAUUAACAAUUUUAUCUAUUGAAAAAAAGAUUUUAGAAAAUCUUGAAAUUAAUAAUAUUAUAGAUGAUUUUGCAUCUAGAAAAACUAAAAGAAGUCAUUAUAAAUAAUUUUUACUUUAUGAAAAAAAAAUUAAGGGUCUAUUUUGAUUGUUUCGCCCCGGGCCUCCUGAUUGUUAGGACCGGGGCUGGAUGUAGCAGGAGGAUGGCGGAGGAGGGGUCGUCUGUUGAUAGAGCCGGGGUCGCGGCCGCCGCGGUGUACGUCCAGGUGCGGCACGUGCACCCCUUGCUACCCGGUGCAUGUCUCGGUGCCGCCGUGGCA